GAAACUGUCACAGCGAUGACAGCACAUAGUGAGUCUUUGUGUGUCUUUUGUGUGUGCACCACAAAGAUGUUUUCAGUGCGUGGGCUCACCAUCCCACUGCCGGGCCAUUCCCCGAUUCAGUCCAGCUGGAAGAAGUCGACGACAUGGCACGUCGGAGCCAACUCGUCCUGCUGAUGUUCGCGGCCGCUGCAGUGAUGAUACGUGAAGGGGACGCACUUCGCUGUUACAAGUGCGCCGACUACACGGGCCGCUGUCAGAAUGUGCAGGAGUGCACGUACGAAGACGCCUGCUUGUCUUUGAGUGAGAGAGGCGGGAAGACCAUCCGUCAGUGCAUCAGGUACACCGACUGUGACAAUUCCCGCCUCAGCCAGAUGUUCCCCGCCAUGUCAGCCUUCACGUACCGCUGCUGCAGCAGCAACCUGUGCAACUCCAGCAAGGCCGUCACCAUGGCGACGCCCGUCACGCUCAUUAUCGGCUCGCUGCUCUGCAUCCUUGCGUGCUGGCUGUGAAGACGCCACGUAACCCCGAAUAAACAAAAGAAAGCCA